GGCCCGGGAACUGAGCAUCGAGUGUGUGGGGGGUCUGCUGUCCGGGCAGGGCUUCACUUGUCAGAUCCAGAGACCCCAAUUGCAGGCGGUCCUCUCUUCCCCGAGCCAGCCUGAGCUCUGCCUGGGCACCUCUCUCGCCCAGCCAGGCUGUGCCUUUUCUCAGUGGUGUUUUCGUCUGGCCAGCUUUGGAGUACCGAGGCAGUGAAACCUGGGUGCUGUCACAGCACCUUCCCACCUUCGAGAAAACCUGGGUUAUGACCAUGAGUACAUGUUUACUCGGCAACAGCAAGAGGAUCUGGGCUCCAGGGCAAAGUGCUCAGCUUUGUUGCAGCUAUCAGACGUGCUGAGACGCAGGUGUGGGGACCGCUGAGGGCUCCGAUGUGCGGAGCUGAGGGGGUGGAGGCCAGGGCUGAUGCUGCAGCUCUGUGUUUCUCGCGUGCCCUGGUGGUGCCCAGACCCGUUUGUGUAGAGGCUGGAUCCAUCACCUCAUGGCAUCGUGCCAUGUUGCAGUGGGGAAACUGAGGCUCAGGAAGGCCUUGACCUACAUGAGGUUGGGAGCACUUGCCUGGGUUGGAGAAAGCCUCUGCCUGUUCUCUGCUGCUUGAAUCUGCCUUGAUGGCAGGGAGGGCCUCCCGCUCCACAGAUAGAACUUGACGAGUUGGGACGAAGGAAAUGCUGAGCCUCACUGGUCUCUUGCUGGCUCCACGCCCCAGCUCCCUGGCCUCUGCACCCGGCUUGAGUGACAGAUGCUCCAGGAGGGGCAGGUCCUUCUGGAGCCAGCCUGGCUCCUGAGCCCGGGACUCUUCAGACCCCUCCGUGUAGAUCUCCAUGCAAAGCAGCUGGCUCCUCGCCUGUGCAGAGUCACCAGGUGUGCAGACGGGCUGUGCUGGGUUCUGUGGGUGGCGGCCGCUCAGUCCUGCCCCAGUGCCUGCUCUGUAAGCGCCUUUGAGCCUCCUCCUGAAGUCGUGAGGCUGCCCCUGCGCUCACCCAUCCCAGUGAAUUUAGGCCAGGAGGAAGAGUCCAGCUCUUAUGGAGCUGGAGAACCCACAGGAACUGGCUGCAAGUGUUUGGCGGUGGCUGGUGGCCUCAGAGCAGUGAGGGGAGAGCAUGGCGAGGCCUCCUCCAUCUCCUGGCUGGAGCUAAGAGAGGAGAAAUGAGACCUGUGAUUCUUCCCCAGCUGCCUAGGUCCAAGUGGGAUCCAGGAACCGGGCCUGGGAGCAACCUGCAGCACGGAAGUGGCUCUGUCAGCUCCAGGCUUCCCUGGGGGCAUUGUUCGGGGACUCAGGCAGCCAGGAGCAGGGCCACAGCUCCCUGGGUUGCACAUCACUCUUGGAAAGCCCAUGUCCUUUGUGCACUGGGAGCUGAGUGGGUGAGGAAAGACUUAGGCAGAGAGGAGCAUGCGGGUGUGCGAGCCAGGGCCCAGCUUCGGAGGAACACUGGUGGGCUCCUGACUUCUGCUGCGUAACUGUUGGCUCCUGAGGAGGAGGAGCCGGGGGCUGGCUGGGUUCCUCCCCGAAAGUCACUGGCCAGGUGCUCUGGGCAGACACAGCCGAGCUUGCUGCCCUCCAGAUGCAGACCUGGAAGGGACUCUGGUCACCCGCGACCUCGGAGCCCCAAGGAGCCUGAAAGGAGAUGCAGCCAGUGAACAAACGGGCAGCUGGAAUUCCUCUCGGCCACUUCUGCCAGUCCCACUGUCACCCUGCUUCCAAGGCCUCCCCACCAGGCCCGGAGAUGCCCCAGCAAGCGCUGGGGGACACGCGCUUCCCCCUGAUGCCCCAGCUCUUCAACAGCACCCACUUGGCUGUUGAAAAUGGGCUUGACCACAGCCCCCUGGGCAGCAGGGACUCCCCAGGCUCUGAGCGCUCCACCACCCACAGCCCCCUGGACUCCUGCAGCCAGCCCCUGUGCCAGCCCCGGACAGAGAAGCACAACAGCCAGGCGGCUCCGCAGGUGCAGUACGUUUCAGUGGGGCCACCAGACACAGCGUGUGGCUGGCGAGGCUUCACCCCAGAGUGCCUGCAGGUCUUCAACACCCCCAAGGGCUUCCUGUUCUUCCUGUGUGCAGCCUCCUUCCUGCAGGGCAUGACGGUGAACGGCUUCAUCAACACGGUCAUCACCUCCAUCGAGCGGCGCUAUGACCUGCACAGCUACCAGAGCGGGCUCAUCGCCAGCUCCUACGACAUUGCCGCCUGUCUCUGCCUUACCUUUGUCAGCUACUUCGGGGGCAGUGGACACAAGCCGCGCUGGCUGGGCUGGGGCGUGCUGCUCCUGGGCGCCGGCUCGCUGGUGUUCGCCCUGCCCCACUUCAUCUCGGGCCGCUAUGAGGCGGAGGUGGACGAAGGGACCGGGAUGUGCCCGGCCAACCAGAGCGUGGUGUGUGCUGACAGCUCCUCGGGCCUGUCCCACUACCGGCUGGUCUUCAUGCUGGGCCAGUUCCUGCACGGCGUGGGCGCCACGCCCCUGUAUACCCUGGGCGUCACCUACCUGGACGAGAAUGUCAAGUCCAGCUACUCGCCCGUCUACAUUGCUGUCUUUUACACUGCAGCCAUCCUGGGCCCUGCUGCUGGCUAUCUGAUCGGAGGCGCCAUGCUGAAUGUUUACACGGAAGUGGGCCGGCGGACCCACUUGACCCCCGAGAGCCCACUGUGGGUUGGUGCCUGGUGGAUCGGCUUCCUGGGCGCAGGGGCAACAGCCUUGAUCAUCGCUGUCCCCAUCCUUGGCUACCCCCGACAGCUGCCAGGCUCCCAGCGCUAUGUCAUCAUGAGAGCAGCAGAGACACAGCAGCUGAAAGAGCGCAGCCACAAGACAGCUGGCAGCCUGGCCUUGGGGAAGACAGUCAGAGACCUGCCGCUCUCCAUCUGGCUCCUCCUGAAGAAUCCCACAUUCAUCCUACUCUGUCUGGCGGGGGCCACUGAGGCCACGCUCAUUGCCAGCAUGUCCACGUUUGGCCCCAAGUUCUUGGAGGCCCAGUUCAGCCUCAGUGCCUCAGAAGCGGCCUCUUUGUUCGGGUACCUGGUGGUGCCGGCAGGCGGUGGCGGCACACUCUUGGGCGGCUUCCUGGUGAACAGGUUUAAGCUCCGAGGCCCCGGGAUCGUCAGGUUCUGCCUGCUCUGCACCCUGACCAGCCUGCUUGCCUUCUUCGUCUUCCUCACACACUGCCCCAACGUGCCCAUGGCAGGCGUGACCACAGGCUACACCAGCCUCCUGCCUGAAGGCCACCUGAACCUGACGGCCACCUGCAAUGAGCACUGCAGCUGCCAGCCCGAGCACUACCGCCCUGUGUGCGACGCGAACGGCACCAUGUACUACUCCCCCUGCCACGCAGGGUGCCUGGGGCCCGCAGAGACGGGCUGGGAUGGCCAGAAGGUGUACCAAGGCUGUAGCUGUGUCCCUGCGAGUUUGGGCCAGGCCACUGCAGGGAAAUGCACUUCAACUUGUCAGAGAAAGCCCCUCCUUCUGGUUCUCGUGUUCGCUGUAAUUAUCUUUACAUUCCUCAGCAGCAUUCCUGCGCUGACGGCGACUCUACGGCAGCAUCCCGGGACCCAUCGCCUUUGGCUGGGUGAUCGACAAGGCCUGCCUCCUAUGGCAAAACCAGUGCAGCCACCAGGGCUCCUGCUUCGUGUACCAGAACGCAGCCAUGAGCCGCUAUAUACUCGUCGUGGGGCUCGUGUACAAGGUGCUGGGCUUCCUCUUCUUUGCUGCCGCCUGCUUCCUGUACGAGUCUCCGUCCGGGCCCUUGGCCGACCGGGCCGCCUCCCUGCCCAGCCAGUCAUCAGCCUCCGAGGGCCCCUCGGACCUCCAGCUGCAGAGUGCCAUCUGACCCGCCUGCUCAGGGUCGCCCUCCUCACCGAGGCCACAGUGCCGGACCUGGGGAGUCUGCGCUGGACUCGGGGCCUGCGGGGCCACCCCAAGGUUGCACUGAGCCAUGGGUCGUGGAGGUCAGAGCCUGAGACCAGGAAGGAGGAGUGGUGCCGGGCAUACUGGAAGUGGACACGCCCCCCAGCCCGAGCACUCCUGAGGAAUGGCCCAUCCUGCCAGCUGCCUGCCUGGCUCUGACUUUCCGUGUCGCUUUGGAUGUGGCAGCAAGCCCUGUGGGGGUCAGGGCCCUGGGAGGCUGGAUGCUGUGGAACCUUCCAUUUGACAUCUUGUUUGAAUCUGCUGUCACUUCUUGUCCUUGGAAACAGGUGGCCUCUGCAUUGGGUGGGACCGAUUUGGAUAAACACACAUUUGUGGACCUCUGGUUUAUAUAUAGAACUUGCUUUAAGCCAGGCAUGGUGCACACCUGUAAUUCUAGCACUCUGGGAGGCUGAGCAAGAGGCUUUAUACCGGAUCAAGUGGUGUGUGUCGGGAGAACUCGGGCGAGGGCUGCGGCUCUUACCCGGCAGGUGCCCGUCAGUCCUGGGACAGUUUCCACAUGUCCUCAAAGUUGUGAGUCUAUAAAUAUAUUUUAAUACUUAAAGCUUUUA